AUGUCGUCGUCAACCACCGUCAAAGUAGCCGUAACCGGAAACGCACCCUUCCUCGAGUACGACUUCAACACAUCGCGGACCGUCCGCGACGCCCUCCCCGAUUCCCUGCAGACCGCGUCCGGCCGCACCGUGCAGAUCCUCAAGUACCAUCGGGACACGAGAGACACGUACGCGGACGUGCGGCAGGUCUCGCGCGAUAUCUGGGGCGGGGAUCCCUCCUUUUACCAUCCUCCUCCUCCGUCUUCUUCUGCGGUCAGCAUCGACUUCAUUGUGCAUCUCGGCAUGAUUGCGCUGGGCUGGGACGAUGCGCAGUUUCGCUUCGAGACGCUGGCGCGGCGCGCGGGGUACGCGCUGCCCGGCGACGACGGGCAGCUGGUCGACGCCGCGGAGCUGGAGCGCCUGGGUCUGCCGGCCGAGCUGCACACGGCGCUCAACGUCGAGGCCGGGUGUCGACAAGUAAAGGCUUGCUUCCCAGACACGGUCGCUUGCGUGUCUGAGGAUGCGGGCUUGUAUUUCUGCGAGUUUCGGCUGUACUCGUCGCUGGCCGAGCCGCUUCUCCACGAGGCAUGGGCGGCGAAACGGGGAAAGGCGACUUUUGUACACCUCCCGCAGGCUCAUGAUGAACAAUCAAUCUUCUUGGCUAGAGACAUUGUCUGUACUUUUAUCAAGGGCCUCGUGGAUGGGUAG